UCCCUGUCCGUUGAGCUCAACGACGUCAACAGCUUGAACUUCAAAAAGGGGUAUUUUAGACUGUACCGAAAGAAGGUUAUAAAAUCCCAAAAGUGAAACAAAAAAUGUCAAAAAUUAAUUAUAAAGAAGUUUGUGUAGAUAAGUUAUACAUACACAGAAGUUGUGCUGUUAAUCAGGUGUAUUCACAUUUUGGAGUGCUUUGAAAGAGACUUGGAAGUCACAGCUUUUAUUUUCGAUAUUGUUAAGGCUUAAGAAUGUGGAGAGUUGCGAGAUCUGCGGCGGCUACUCUCCGACAGUCGCCGCGGCGGUUCUCGACAGCGAUUCCUGGACCGUGUAUUGUGCAUAAGCGUGGAGCUGAUAUUCUUCACGAUCCAUGGUUUAACAAGGACACAGGUUUCCCUUUGACAGAAAGAGAUCGGCUAGGGCUACGUGGUCUCCUCCCACCUCGUGUGAUAUCAUUUGAACAUCAAUAUGCUCGUUUUAUGGAGUCUUAUCGGUCGCUGGAAAAGAAUACUCAAGGUCAACAUGAUAAUUUUGUAUCAUUAGCGAAGUGGAGGAUUUUGAAUAGACUGCAUGACCGGAAUGAGACUUUAUACUACCGAGUCCUGAUUGAUAACAUCAAAGAUUUUGCUCCAAUAAUAUAUACUCCGACAGUAGGAUUGGUAUGCCAAAACUAUUCUGGAUUGUUUAGACGUCCACGUGGAAUGUAUUUCAGUGCCAAAGAUAAGGGGGAGAUGAUGUCUAUGAUCUAUAAUUGGCCUGCUCAAGAGGUCGACAUGAUUGUGCUGACAGAUGGCAGUCGUAUUCUUGGUCUGGGUGAUCUUGGAGUUCAGGGAAUUGGUAUACCUAUUGGGAAGCUUGACAUGUAUGUUGCAGCUGCUGGCAUCAACCCCCAAAGGAUAUUGCCAGUGAUGCUAGAUGUUGGUACAAACAAUCAGAGGCUUCUUGAAGAUCGCCUUUAUUUAGGACUAAGACAGCCUAGACUGGAAGGAGAAGAAUAUUUGUCAAUUGUUGAUGAAUUCAUGGAAGCUGUUCAUGCACGUUGGCCGAAGGCUAUUGUGCAGUUUGAGGAUUUCCAAAUGAAAUGGGCUUUUGAAACACUAGAACGCUACCGUAAAAGGUUUUGCAUGUUCAAUGAUGACAUACAGGGAACAGCUGGUGUUGCAUUGGCUGGGCUACUUGGCACAGUUAGAGCACAGGGACAGCCAUUGACUGAUUUUGCAAACCAAAAGAUAGUUGUGGUUGGAGCUGGAAGUGCAGGGCUUGGUGUUCUUAAAAUGGCCUUACAGGCUGUUUCCAGAAUGGCAGGACCAGAGGCAAAUCCUCACUUUUUCCUGCUUGACAAAGAUGGUCUUAUCACGAAAGAGAGAAAAGAUGUUGAUCCUGGUGCUGCAACUUUUGCCAAAACCCAGGGAGAAAUUGAAGGACUAGGUCUUAGUGAGGGAGCCAGUCUUAUUGAAGUGGUCAAGACGGUUAAGCCGCAUGUGCUUCUUGGCUUAUCUGGGGUCGGUGGAGUCUUUAAUGAGGAGGUACUUAAGGCUAUGCGAGAGUCUGACUCCACUAAACCUGCCAUUUUUGCAAUGUCAAAUCCCACUGCAAAUGCCGAAUGUACUGCUAUUGAGGCUUUCAAACAUGCUGGUGAAAAUAUAGCAUUCGCAAGUGGGAGCCCCUUUGCGGAUGUUAAUCUUGAGAAUGGAAAAGUAGGCCAUGUGAAUCAAGCAAAUAACAUGUACCUCUUUCCCGGGAUUGGCUUAGGAGCUCUACUGUCUGGUUCUCGUAUUAUCACUGAUGGAAUGUUGCAAGCAGCUGCCGAGUGUCUUGCAUCUUAUAUAACAGAUGAAGAAAUUCAAAGAGGUGUCUUGUAUCCAUCUAUUGAUAGUAUUCGGGAUAUUACAGCUGAAGUUGGAGCUGCUGUUUUGAGGACAGCUGUUGUAGAAGAAGUGGCUGAAGGGCACGGCGAAGUGGGAUCCAGAGAACUGUCAAACAUGUCGAAGGAGGAAACUUUGCAAUAUGUGAAGGACAACAUGUGGUACCCAGUUUACAGCCCUCUUGUUCACGAAAAGUGAAGCAUUUCUCGCAAUUACUGAGGCUAUUUAUUCUGCAGAUUAUUCAAAAUUUCUCUAAACCAUUGUAUGCUUGAAUACUAAUUUUUACGAGCUUUCGCAGACAUUAAAAGGACAGAACUAGUUAAAGCAGCCUAUAAAACAAUGAGCUAGUUUCCAUUUUCGUAUACCAUCCUAACAAAUGCGUGUAUACCUAUUUGAUUUCAAGAUUAUAUUCCCACUGAUUAAUUAGUUUGACAUUAUUUCUGUUGUAUUC